AACUUUCGAAAUGACGAAGGCAGCGAAGAAGGGCUCACCAGCCAAGAAAGAAACGAAGACGAAGAAGAGCAAAACCAAGGACCCUAACGCUCCCAAAAGGGCCAUGUCCGCUUUCUUCUUCUGGAUGGCGGACAAUCGCGAGCGUUUAAAGAAGCCAGGCAUGGGAGUUGCCGAAGUCGCAAAGGCCGCCGGUGUCGAAUGGGGCAAAGUCACUGACAAAUCGAAGUGGGAGAAGAAAGCAGCCGAGGACAAAAAACGUUACGAGUCCGAAAUGGCUGCAUACAAGGGAAGCGAUUAG